GAUGUCUUGAUAUGAAGGUGCAAGGAUAUGUAGUACCAGAAUUUAUUGAUGCAAAGAAAGCAUAUAUAAAAUAUUUUGAAAAUGGUGGUGAAGUUGGAUCGAGUGUUGCAGCUUAUUAUAAUAGUAAGCUAGUGGUAGAUUUACAAGGUAGAUAUGCUAAUCUUGAGGCAAAAUAUGAAUAUAAUAAGAAUAUUAUACAAUUUGUUUUUUCUUCUACUAAAAUUAUGGGUGGUGUAAACUUUCUUGCUACACAAUUGACAAAAUCUGAUUUUGAAAAUCUUGAUAAAUUAGCAAACAUUCUUGCCAUUCAACUACACUAUUUGAUGGAAGUAGAUCCAAAACAUCGUACUAUUGGACAAAUUAUCACUAAAGAAAUUUCAACACAAUAUAAUUUAGAAUUUUAUUUAUUAUUACUACCAAAUAUUUUACCAAGAAAUAAGAAGAUAUCAAUUUCUUUUAUUUUGAAUUUAUUAGAUCAAGAUGAUUUAAUGAUUAAAACUUUUAAUCAUACAUUUCCUGGUCUUCCUAAUAUUUUUGAACUUGGAGAAGUUACAAAGUUUGAAGUAUUCAAAUUUGAAGGUUCAAGUGUUAUUAAAUUCACCAAUACAAAAUUAAUCGCUAAAUUAGGUGCUAUUAUUACAAAUAAUAGACAACCUCUUAAUGAUAAUGAUAAUUCUAGACCUCUUCUUUCAAAAAACACUAUCGAUCUUAUAUCUACUAAAUUACUAAUAGCUUGGGAUCAUAUUUUUAAAGAAAAUGUAACUUAUUUAAUCAGUGGAUUUCUAUAUAUUAGAUUUCCUGGUAUUGAAAAUGUAGAAUUCUUAGAAUUGAGAGAAGUUGGUAGAAGCAUAUUCAUAUAG